GUUUUUUUUUUGGGUUAAUGUAACAAGUAAUCUCACCUUCUCAUCGAGAGGCUGCAGCUGAACAACAGAGGCUAGCGAUGGGAAGCACGAGUGCUCUCCCCUCUCAUCUACACCUUAACAACACUAGUUACUUCUUCAAAUGUCUCAAUUCUACCAGAAAUCAACCGACUUCUCUGCAAUUCAACCGAAGAAAAUCCAAGUUCGGUGUCUCAUCGAGAAGAGAGCACAAAAAGCUCAUUAGUUUUGCUUGUUUUGCUGUUGACGACGAAGUGAAUAAGCAGCAAGAACAAUUGGGCAGUGCUGGUGGUCUUGUCUCGGCUGUUGAAGAUAGACCUGAUGUGGCUGAUGGUUCAAGAGAAGUUACAUUACAAAAUGAAGGCCCAUAUAAAGAAGGAAGUGAUCUUUAUAAUUUGCUUUAUCCGAGUAAAGAGCAGCUCCCGGAUGAUAAGGAAAUGAGUAUAUAUGAUCACCUAGAGGAGCUGCGGCAGAGGAUCUUUGUGUCAGUUUUGGCAGUUGGAGCUGCUAUUUUGGGAUGCUUUACACUUUCAAAGGAAUUGAUACUGCUUCUUGAAGCUCCUGUUAAAACACAAGGUGUUCGGUUUCUGCAACUAGCUCCUGGCGAGUUUUUCUUCACAACUUUGAAGGUGUCAGGUUACUGUGGCCUUCUUUUAGGGAGCCCCAUUAUACUCUAUGAGAUCAUAGCCUUCGUUCUUCCAGGUUUAACGAGGGAUGAGAGAAGAUUUCUGGGUCCAAUUGUUUUAGGCUCCUCAGUACUAUUUUAUGCUGGUAUAGCAUUCUCAUACUUGGUUCUCACUCCAGCAGCCUUGAAUUUCUUUGUUAACUAUGCGGAAGGGGCUGUGGAGUCACUGUGGUCCAUUGAUCAAUACUUUGAGUUUGUCUUAGUGCUCAUGUUCAGCACUGGGCUGUCCUUCCAGGUUCCUGUUAUACAACUUCUAUUGGGACAAGUUGGUUUAGUCUCGGGAGACCAAAUGCUGUCGAUUUGGAGAUAUGUAGUGGUGGGAGCUGUAGUUGCGGCUGCUGUGCUCACACCAUCGACUGAUCCUCUUACUCAGAUGCUUUUGGCUGGCCCACUUCUUGGUCUCUACUUGGGCGGUGCAUGGAUGGUCAAGCUCAUAGGCCGGUGACUCAUUUUCUGCGAUGUGAAUGCAUGGAAUCUGCUGCAGCAUCCAAGUUUUAAAACAUGUAUAGUUCAAUUGGAUCCCUUAUGUAUGUACUAUAAGAAUGAGAAAACAUCUAGAUCCGAAAAAAAAGUGUAGAAGUGAAAAGAGCAUGCAUUAUCUUACUCAAAUCUGUGUACCAAAUUCUUGUAGGAAAAUUCUGCUACUGGUGUAAAAUGAGAGUUUUUCUUUUCAAAUUUUUGGGGCAGCUCUAGAAUGUGAA